GUUUCAACCAAGUUUCAACAUUGCAGCCAUGGCCGAAUCGACACUUUCACUUUUAGCUCACACCACAAUUCAGACUUUUUCUGAGGAUGGCCUCCACUUCUGCUGCUCAUCCCCAUCUUCGUGAAUUCGAGACUUGGUGGAGGGAUCUCCACAAUUUCCUGGAAGAAAAGGGCUACAAGCUACGAAGUCGCUACACUCCAGACUGGGUGCCUUCUUGGACGAACACCAACAAGAUUCCCAUAAAUUGCGAGGAUGGAGUCAGGUCGCCAAUCUCUCAAAUGUUGGAUGCACGGCGUACUCAUGAUGGUACUCGUGUAUCACUCAAAUCUAUAGACGUGUCACGGCAUCCUUAUGAGAUAGAAAUUGGUCGUUAUUUAUGUAGCUCACCUCUCAGAGAAGAUCCCGCCAAUCAUUGCGUGCCAAUUUACGACGUCCUGCAGGUGCCCAAUGACGAUCGUGAAGCGAUCCUGGUCAUGCCGCUACUUCGAGAUGCUACAGAUCCCUUCUUCGACACGGUCGGGGAAGUUGUGGAUUGCAUCCACCAGCUCUUUGAGGGGCUGCGCUUCAUGCACAGUCAUCAUAUCGCUCACCGGUGCGCAUCCUGUAAAGGCUGCGUCGAGUUCGAGAGGGAAUUGUUUAAAUAGCGUCGAAUUACGAAUAUGAGGGAAGGCUUUAGUUGAGACGGAUAAGGACUUCUGAGUGGUCUUUCUAUGAUGCUUCUUGGAGCGGUGAAUCAACGGGUGAAUUCUGCUACUGUAACGAGUGCACAUUCGUGGUAUAUAAGUGUUUCGAGCCGAACGAUUAAGCCGAGAGUCGAGCAAGUAGCAUGUGGAAAUGGAAAAUAAGUCGGCGAAGGACGGUGAUGAUGGGUUUCGAGCAUAUGGUACAGUAGGUAAGGAGAGUUAAGAAGGAAUGUGUCCAGGUA